GCGCCAGAGCAGUAGUAGUCUAUCGGCACCUUUUUCUACAUAGGUUUCAAAAUUUUCACCUGUACCACCCAGCUGAACAAGUAGGAUAUUGCUCAAAUGGAGCCUGACACGUCCAAACCAUCGGCAUCAGCCAUACCAACUCACAUGACAAACGGCUCUCCCCUGCGGCUCACCACUGAAGCGCGACAUAAGAAGGAGAGGGAAAAUCUCUUCAAUGCCAUAGAAACUUCCAACCGAGGCCGCCAGGUAGUCAACUUCGACGGCCCGACUAGCUAUUUCCCCGCCAAAGCGUCUGCGGCAAAGACUGGCGUAAGCGGUAUGCACGACAGGAAUACAAUGACGACCAACGGUGUACACGACGUUGAGGACGAGGCUGAGGAUGCCGUUGCACAGACACCGCUUGCGACCAGUCGCGCCCACAGUCCAUACACGCAACACCCCACCAUUGACUUUGACGGCCUCAGCUGGCCCAGCAAGGGCACACGUGAGAGGAAGGAGGCGACCGAGGAGGAAAAGGCUGCAAACCUUGCCAAGUUGUCAGGCGCGGUGCGCACUAUGCUCGAGUGUCUAGGCGAAGACCCCGAUCGCGAGGGACUGUUGGAUACACCGGAGAGGUACGCAAAGGCGCUACUUUUCUUCACAAAGGGAUACGAGGAGAACUUGCGCGACAUUGUCAAUGGUGCCGUCUUCCACGAGGACCAUGACGAAUUAGUCAUCGUGAGGGACAUUGAGAUCUUCUCCCUGUGCGAGCACCAUCUGGUGCCUUUCACUGGCAAGAUGCACAUUGGCUAUAUCCCCAACCGUCGCGUCAUCGGUCUUUCUAAACUCGCCCGCAUUGCCGAAAUGUUCGCUCGUCGUCUGCAAGUCCAAGAACGCCUCACUAAGCAGGUCGCGCUCGCCCUAUCAGAGAUGCUCCAGCCCCAAGGCGUCGCCGUUGUCGUCGAAUCGAGCCAUCUUUGCAUGGUCAUGCGCGGUGUUCAAAAGACCGGCACUACCACAACUACAAGCUGCAUGCUCGGAUGCAUGCGAUCUAGGGAUAAGACGCGCCAGGAAUUCUUGAACCUCAUCAACAGGAACAAGCAGUAGCAUCCCAAUCUCAAUUAUUGUAUUAUGGUUGUACGACUUACGAAAAGGCGUUUUUUGGGUCGGCGUUUGGGGGAGGAGUUCAUCAUCCUCUCCGGGUGGUUAUCACGGAAUGAUUAGACGCAUAAGCCUUUCAACAGGCGUACACGCUCUUCUAGGAAGGAAGGAGCUACGUUUUUAUCACUGACAUUCGUCUGAAUCUGUCGAUUAGGGAUCUGAAAGGCAGAAAAUGACAUGGUGUAAGCCUCGGCUGAUAGUCAAGCUGAGUAUACUUAGCUGUAGUAAAAUGUACCAAGUCGACCUCGGUCUUUGAACU